AUGAUUCGGGAGCUCCGCGCAGAGCGUGGGCAAGAGAAAAUGCGUGCGCAUAAUGAUAGCGUACACCACGAUCAUGGCCCCCGACCAACAGGGUCCGAUAGCAAGCUUGAUGCCGCCAAGGCGCAUCGCGAUAAACUUCUCCGAUUUCAAGCCCAGAACGCGCGACGGACCAAAGUCGUUGAUGAAGCAGCCGACUUUGAAACCCCCAACGUUGCUUCGACCAUUUGGAUGAGCCCCGCACAGCGUGCUCUGGCUCUGAAGAAGCAGCAGCGCAUUCAGCGGGAAAUGGAAGAAAAAGCGCGCCCAGAAUGGGAAAAGAAGAAGACCGUUAUGAGCUUAGAUAUCAAAGGUGGCAAGGUUCGGCGGGUAUAUCAAAGCGCCGCUGUGGAACCAAGCGGUGCGCCUGAUGACCAGGCAGAUGCAGCUGAUGAAGCAGAACCGGAGAAAUCCAGCAAGGGUGGCCAGGCGCUUAGCCACAACCCUUUGCUGGCUGCUGGCGGCCUUGUGCGUCCUAUUUGGCGCGCCCCGGAAGGAAAGGAGGGCCAGCCUCACGAAAGGACAGAGCGAAAGCAAACAUGGCGGCGCGUCCAGGAUGAUAAUGAUGACAACGAGCAGUGGAUACUCGAUGGUGGGCUACAUGGAUAUAGUUCGUAA